AUGGUAACUUCUGCCGAAUAUUCAGUGCCUCGAGAGGCCCGAGCCCUCUUUGAGGAAGGAAUUCUGAACAAUCCCCUAAUGUCGACCUUGCCUACAGAAUUGAAACCCCUCAGCAAGCAUGUCACAUUCACCGGCACUGAGAAACCGAGUAUUCCCAUCAACUGGAGGUUCGCAGAGAGCAUUUCCGCCCUCAAGGCAUUCGAAGCCACUAUGCUCAACCACCUCUUGACGCGCAAAUACGGUAUCCAGCCGGUAGAUAUUGCUAUCAACAUCGAUCACGCAAGCUUGUUUUUCAUGUCGCCAGUGGUCGCACAAUACAUCAAGGAUGGCACUCCGGUGCCCCUGGAUCCGUUUUCGCCGGAUAUGUUGAAAUUGAUUCCCAGCCAAGACAAGCAUCGGAGCCAAGAUAAUCUUCACCGCGUUUUAGCGACUAAUAUUUACAAGACAGAGGAUGCUCGAUUUUAUCAUAUCCACGACGGCGAAGAGGGCGACACCUAUGAUGCUGUGGUGGAGAGAAUCCAGAAUGCUGUCCUAGAGCAUGAAGCUGCCCCCUUAGAUGACCUCAUGAACGAGAAAUAUCGCCAGGCCGGUACUAUCGCGUAUACCUCGGCCGAGUAUUUCGAUAGCGACCAUGGUAAGGCUUCAGGAAAGGUUGGACUAUACGAAAUUGCCAAGGAUGUUGCCUCAUCUCAGCCGGCGGCUUGGUGGGAGGACAACGAUAGUCUCCUGGCUUCGCCCAAGCGGCCCUUGGCUGGCCUCAAGGUCGUCGAUUUGACCCGUGUCAUUGCUGGCCCCGCCAUUUCGAGGAGCCUCGCCGAGAUGGGCGCGAGUGUCAUGCGGGUUGUCUCCCCACACGUUACGGACUUGUCGCCCGUCUUCCAGGACUUGAACUGGGGAAAGUGGAAUGCAUUCCUCCAUCUCAAGAUCGACGGCUACCGGCCCGGAGUCAUGGACCGUCUCGGGUUCGGCCGCCAGGCCAUUUUUGACUUGGUCAAGGACCGUCCAGCGGGAAUCAUUCACUGUUGCGGCGUCUCUAGGGCUUACGCCGAUGCGAUGGGCGUUGAGGGAGCAGUAACUCCUGUAUUCCCCAACUCUGAUUACUGCACCGGAAUCUGUGGGAGCUCCGCCGUCCUUGAAGCGCUGGUUGCGCUCAACUACUACUCUCAAUGGCUUGUUCGUUCCUGCGGAGCCUACCCUCAGGAGAUCUGGGAUGAGUUGUGGACGCGCCACGGCUCGCCAACCUUCCAGUACUACCAUGCAAUGCAGCACCUCCUGCCUGCAAUGAUGAAAAUGCUCUACCAGUACGACGCCAAAACCCUAUUUCAGGCCGACUUCUUCGAGCCAAGAGUGUCAAAAGCGCUGAAUACUACGUUUAUUCAAGUCAAGCCGAUCGCCCAGUUCCCAAAUAAGGAGGUAGAGCUGGGAUACAAUAUUGGUACCCGAGGCAAUGGAGUCGACCAGCCCGUGUGGCCCAAGAAUCUUACUGUCGAGAUCGUAACCGGCUAA